AUGGCAGCUGCAAUUGCAUUUAUUAGUGGAGGAGAUAUUGAAGAAGGAGCAGUUUUUACUAAUGAAAGUCCAUUUGAAAGAUGUGGAUUACAUUUAUCAAUAAAACAACGAUUACUUGGAUUUAGUAUUUCAUUAGGAAUAGGAACUGUUAUUUUAAUUAUAUUUGCAGCAUUAUAUUCUGUAUUAGGAGAUAAUGGAGGAGUUUAUGCAUUUAUGGUAUUUCAUUUUAUUGGUUUUUUGUGUCUUUUAAUAUCACCAUUUUUCUUAUAUGGACCAAUGGGUAUGAUUAAAAAAAUUACCCAUCCAUUUAGAGUUGUUUCAUUAUUAACUGUUGUUAUUUGUUUAUUGAUUGUAGAAAUUAUUUCACCUAUUCUUCGAGGAAAUGCAUCAUGGUUUGUCCUUAUAGGAACUGCAGGAGAGAUUUUCUGUUUCCUUUUCUUUGGAUUUUCUUUACUCCCAUGUUUUGAUAAGAUUCUUGGAAAUUGUUGUGGUGGGUUCUUUAGUAAUCAAUAA